AUGUUGCGUCUUCUGUUUUGGUUAACAUUUGCUUUGGUUCUUCUAGCUUCUUCAGUAGCUUCUGCUGCAAUUGUGGAACACUCAUUCCAUGUGCAAAACCUUACAGUUCGUCGGCUGUGCUCUGAGCAAGUGGUAACAGCAGUGAAUGGAAGCUUGCCUGGCCCAACACUUCGCGUUCGAGAGGGUGACACCCUUAUAGUCCACGUUUUUAACAUGUCACCCUACAACUUGACAAUACACUGGCAUGGAGUGUUUCAGAUACUUAGUGCCUGGGCAGAUGGACCUAAUAUGAUAACUCAAUGUCCAAUACCGCCUGGAGGUAAAUACACCUACAAAUUUAAACUCCUCCAGCAAGAAGGUACUCUAUGGUGGCAUUCUCAUGUCAGUUGGCUCCGAGCAACAGUUUACGGGGCACUCAUUAUCCGUCCAAGAUCCGGCCGUCCUUACCCUUUCCCUAAACCCUACAAAGAAGUUCCUAUUUUAUUAGGAGAGUGGUGGAAUGCUAAUGUUGUUGAUGUCGAAAGCCAGGCUUUUGCUCUUGGUAUACCACCUAACAUUUCGGAUGCCUACACAAUAAAUGGACUCCCUGGGGAUCUCUACAAUUGCUCUGAAAAUAAAAUAUUCAAGCUUAAGGUACAAAAAGAAAAGACUUAUCUCCUUCGAAUAAUCAACGCUGCAAUCAAUAAUGAGCUCUUCUUCAAGAUAGCCAAUCAUAAGAUGACAGUUGUUGCUGUUGAUGCCGCAUACACGGUGCCCUACGUCACCGACGUUGUUGUCACCGGCCCUGGCCAGACCGUGGAUGUUCUCCUCACAGCCGACCAGGAAGCGGGGUCUUAUUACAUGGCCGCAAAUGCAUAUGUUAGUGCUGCUGGUGUACGGUUUGAUAACACAACCACAAGAGGAAUUAUUGUUUACGAAGGUGCACCAACACCUGCAACUCCCAUAAUGCCUCGAGUGCCUGCCUUCAACGACACCCCUACUGCCCAUAAGUUUUUCACCAACAUUACUGGCUUGGCUGGGGGGCCUCACUGGGUUCCAGUCCCACGGCAGAUCGAUGAGCGCAUGUUUGUGACAUUUGGGCUGGGGAUCUCCAUUUGCCCAACCUGUCUAAAUGGGACGCGACUCUCUGCCAGCAUGAACAAUCACUCUUUUGUUCGUCCAGCAAGUUUGUCCCUUUUGCAAGCCUUCUUUUUCAAUGUGAGCGGAAUCUACACUCCUGAUUUUCCUGACACUCCUCCAAUCAAAUUCGACUACACUAAUGCCAGCAUCAACGUCCUAAAUCCAUCCCUCUUAAUUACACCACAAUCAACAAGCGUGAAGGUGUUGAAGUAUAAUGCUACAGUGGAAAUGGUGCUUCAGAACACAGCCAUUCUCGGUGUGGAAAAUCAUCCCAUGCAUCUACACGGUUUCAAUUUCCAUGUGUUGGCUCAAGGGUUUGGAAAUUAUGAUCCCAUAAAAGACUCUAAGAAGUUCAAUCUCGUAAAUCCACAAUCGCGUAACACUAUUGGGGUGCCAGUGGGAGGAUGGGCAGUCAUAAGAUUCAUAGCCAAUAAUCCAGGAGUAUGGUUCAUGCACUGUCAUCUGGAUGUGCACUUGCCCUGGGGAUUAGCCACAGCUUUCGUGGUUGAGAAUGGACCGACGAAAGAGUCUACUUUGCCACCACCUCCAGCUGAUCUGCCUCACUGUUAG